AUGAGCGUCCUUGUACCCACCAAGUUCCCUAGCGUUGCUGCUGUCAUGCUUGCCUGCGUUGCAUCUCUCGUUUGCCUGUUGCUUGCACGCAUAAUGUAUUCCUUUAUGCGUCUCUGGUCCUCCAAUUCUGUAUUAACAGCUUCCGACGAGAAGACCCCUGCUUGGUCCUCUUUGCUGUCGUUAACCAAUACAUGGAGUCGGUCUUUGCAACGUGCUCUCCCAACAUCACUACCCUUUUCGUUGACUAUCCCGGAGAAACCAUCACCUGAAGUUGGUACAGGAGCAGGUGUAGGACUUUCGCAUAAACCUCUUGAAUCUCUCCAUGGCAAUUGGCAACUGCGUCGACCUCAAUUCACGCCUCCACCACCAGCCGUGUACCAAAAUCCCGCACCUCUCUCCAUGGCAAAGCUGAUCAUGUCACGACACACCUUUCGCCGCCCCAAUCCAAACCGUCCACGGAAAUUGUCUACUGCAUCCUCAUCCCGUCCGCCACAGCCCACCUCCCAGCUGUUCCACUCCAUAGCAUAA